AUGGGGGAACUUCGGAACGAAACGACAGGCGGGUGCCAGUUCUCGCCGGCGGGCGAGUACCUGCGCUUCGUGCGGCUGCCGGAGAACGUGCCGGUGGGCGGCGAGGUGCUGCAGGUCGAGGUGCACCCGCGGCACGGCCUCUCGCUGCAGCCCAUAGACAAGGCGGAGGACGCGACGUUCUUCGAGGUGCGCGAGCUCAGCAGCCAGCUGGUGUCGGUGGCGCUGGCGCGCUCGCUGGAGGACCUGGUGGACGGCGACAGCCCGCAGAACGUGCUCAAGUUCCGCCUCGUCUGCGACUACCAGGACGGCGACGACACGAUUUCUUCAUUCCUGUCCGUGACGGUAUACGUGGAGGAUGUGAACGACCACAGUCCUGUGUUCGUGAAUGCGCCGUACCAUGUCACCGUCGAUGAACUUACGCCUGUAGGCGCGACGCUGUUCCGCGACGUGCGCGCGACGGACGGCGACAAGCCCAACACGGCCAACUCGGAGGUGGCGCUGAGCAUCGCGGCGGGCGACGAGCGCGGCCGCUUCUCGCUGGAGGCCGGCCCGGGGCCCCGGGCGGCGCUCGUGCUGCGCCGGCCGCUCGACUACGACGCCGGCGACGUCGAGUUCGACCUGACGCUGCUCGCCACGGACCGCGGCACGCCAGCGCGAAACUCAACCACACAGCUGGUGGUGUCCGUUGUUGACAACGAUGAUCUGCCGCCCAAGUUCACCCGAGACGUCUACCGCACGCAGAUCAGCGAGUUUUACCCCAUCACCGGCGCGCGCAUCCACCAGGAGCUGCGCUUCUCGCCGCCGAUCCAGGCGUACGAUCAGGACGCGUCGCUGAACGCGCCGCUGCGCUACGACAUCGUGUCGGGCAACGAGCAGCGGCUGUUCCUGCUGGACGCGCAGAACGGCUCGCUGUUCCUGGAGCGCGAGCUGGACCGCGAGCGCCACAGCGGCGUGCUCGUGCUGCAGCUGCAGGCCUCGCAGGCCGACCGGCCGCUGCGCGUCGCGCACGCGCGCGCCGAGGUCUCCCUGCUCGACCUCAACGACAACCUGCCCGAGUUCGAGGUCGACGCCUACAAUAUCAGCAUCGUCGAGAACCUGCCAAACGGCUUCAGCGUGCUGCAGGUCGCCGCCACCGACAGGGACCAGGGCGAGAACGCAGAGUUCUGGUUCGAGCUGGAGGACCAUGAGCAGGCGUUCUCGGUGGAGGCGGACUCUGGCUGGCUGACGGUGCGCGACCAGAGCAAGCUGGACCGCGAGGCGCGGCCGUCACUGCACAUGUCGGUGGUGGCGCGCGAGAAGACCCCCAGCGUGGCCGCCCCCGACGCCGCCGCCGCCAGCCGCGUCGCCGUCGAGGUAACGCUGCUCGACGCCAACGACAACAACCCAGCCUUCCAGCCAGACAACCUCUACUCCUUCUCCGUGCGCGAGGACGCCGCACCAGGGACCGUCAUCGGAAAGGUGUGGGCGACGGACGUGGACCUGGGCCGCAACGGGCAGGUGGUGUACGCCGUGCAGGCGGCCGGCGGCGGCAACGGCAGCGGCGGCGUCGCGGCGCCCGCCUUCACGGUGGACGCGCAGAGCGGCGAGGUGGCCGUGGCCGCGGGGGCGCGCCUCUCCGUGGGCCGGCACGCGCUCUUCGUGGAGGCCUCCGACCAGCCUGAGAACCCCAGCGAGCGGCGCUUCAGCAUCGCCGUCGUCUCUGUGGACGUGCUGCCUGUCGGCCGCGCAGGGACGGAGAGCAGCACGGAGCCGGACUUCGUGGGCGCGCCGUACGAGUUCUGGGUGGGCAGCACGGUGCCCGUGGGCACCAGCGUGGGGCAGCUGCGCACCAAUGCCGCCGUCGACGCCCGCUCCGCAGUCUUCGACCUGCUGCACAGCUUCCACCAGGGCGUGCCCUUCGCGGUGGAGGAGCGGUCGGGCGUGAUCAGCGUGGUGGACGAGAUCGGCAAGUACGCGCCCACGCUGUACGACUUCGAGGCGGUGGUGGCGGCCGACCCGGACGUGGCGCUCGUCACCAACGUCACCAUACACGUCGUCAAGCUGGACGGGGCGCAGCCGCAGGACAUCAAGCGGGAAGUGGAGCUGCACGUACUGGAGAACCAGCCGGCGUCCGUGGUGGGGCGGCUGCCGCCCCCGGCGCAGGAGGCAGUAUUGGGGGCGGAGGUGCGCUACACGCUGGCCAACGGGCACGAGGAGGCGGCGCGAAGCCUGGCCGUGGGGGCCGACGGCUCGCUGCUGGCGCAGAGGCCGCUAGACCGCGAACGACAGGACGUUUUCCACCUGACCGCGCUCGCCGAGACCUCCAGGGGCAUCGCCGCCGUCUACCAGGUGACGGUGUUCGUGGACGACGAGAACGACAACGCGCCGGCGUUCGAGCACGCUCGGUACGAGGGCGCAGUGCGGGAGGACGCGGCGCCGGGCGCCGAGGUGCGGCUGCAGCCGCGGGCGGUGCGCGCCAGCGACGCCGACGCCGGCAGCCACGCCGCCUUCUCGCUGAGCCUGCGCGGCGACGGCAGCCACCUGUUCCGCCUGGACGCCGCCACCGGCCGUCUCUACCUGCGCGCGCCGCUCGACCGCGAGCAGGCGGACCACUACAACCUCAGCGUCGUCGCCAAGGACACCGGCAACUUGAGUUCCGAAGCGAAGCUGACUGUGAGCGUGACGGACGUGAACGACAACGCGCCGCGCUUCGUGCAGCUGGUGGUGCUGCACGGGGAGCCGCGCCGCAGCGAGGUGCGCAACGUGAGCGGGUCGGCGCGGACGCCGCUGGAGGUGACGGUGGAGGAGACGGCGCCGCCGUCGGCGCCGCUGCUGCGGCUCGUCGCCACUGACCGCGACGCGGGCGACAACGCCAGCGUGUCGUACAGCCUGGCGGCAGAGGUGCUCACCGCCGGGCCGCGCUCGCCCUGGUCCGUGCCGCACUACCGCUCCGUCGCCGAGAGCCUCAACUCCAGCGACGCCUUCCUGGAGCUGGACGCGUCCGUGGACGGCGGCGGCUGGGCGCGCACCCAGUAUCGCACCAGCAGGGACGACAGUCGCGCGCGCUGGACCGUCACGCGCUUCGUGGGCGACGGUGACGUGGACGUGGACGCCGACGACGCCUGGCUGACGGCGUCGCGGCGCCGCACAGAGUGGGCGCAGCCGCCCGCCUCGGCGCCGGCGGACAACGCCACCGGCUACUUCUUCGCCGUGCACCGCACCAGGGGCGAGAUUCGGCCUCUGCGUCGCCUGCCAGCCGAGAGCACGUUCCUCCUCCAGGUGGUGGCUACGGACGGGCCUGGGCUGUCGGACACGCUGGAGCUGCGCAUCCGCGUGGCGGACGUGAACGACCACGCGCCGGAGUUCGAGCGGCCGUGGUACCGGUUCGAGGUGGCCGAGUGGAACUCGUCUGCGGAGCGCGAGGUGGGGCGGGUGCGCGCGCGCGACCUGGACCACGGCGACAACGCGCGCCUCGCCUACCACCUGCUGCCGGCCGGCGGGCAGGACGCGCAGGAGCUGGCGCUGCCCUUCCGGCUGGGCGCCGACGACGGCGUGCUCACCGCGACGCGGCCGCUGGACCGCGAGCAGCGCGAGGUGUACGCCUUCAAGGUGCGCGCCGUCGACCAGGCGCCGCCGGCGCUCCGCCGAUCCGCCACCGUCGACGUCCAGGUGGUGGUGCUGGACGUGAACGACAACGCCCCGGCAUUCGAGAGCUUCUCGGCUAUCGAGACGGACGCGUCGGGGCGGCCGGUGCCCGUGUACCGCGCCUCGGUGCCCGAGUCGGCGGCCGCGGGGCAGGAGGUGCUGCGGCUGGCCGCCAGGGACCCGGACGCGGGCCGCAACGCGCUGCUGCUCUUCUCGCUGCUGGACGCCGCCCCCACGCCGCCUCCCGGCCGCUCCGGCGUCGUCACGCUGUCCGGGGGCGGCGCCGCGCUGGACGCCGAGCGAGCGCCCCUCAUCAGCGCCAGGGUAGUCGCUGCCGACCUGGGCUCGCCCAGCCUCAGCGCCACUGCCCUCAUACAGGUGGAGGUGCAGCCGGAGCCGGAAGGUUCGUCGGCGCGGCAGGCGGUGUUCUCGCCUCGGUACCUGGAGGUGUCGGUGGAGGAGAACUGCGAGACGCCGGUGGUGGUAGCGGCGCUGAACGUGUCUGCGCCGUACCGCGGCCUGCCGCUCAACCUGAGCGUGGCGCCGUCGCGGCACGCCCCCUGGUUCGCCAUCGGCCGCGACAACAGCUCGCUGCUGCUGGUGGCCAGCCCGGACCGCGAGGCCACGCCGCGCCUCGAGGCCACAGUCCGCGCCACCUACAGCCGCCGCGGCCGCCUCGUGCUGCUCUACCCGCCAGACCUCGGAGACCUGGGUCACGACGAGGCCCGCGUGGUGGUGCUGGUUCGCGACGUGAAUGACAACUCGCCCCGCUUCCUGGGCAGCGGGAGACCUCUGGUGACGGCCAUCCCAACCUCCACCACCUACGGCCACCACAUACUCACUGUCAAGGCGGAGGACCCGGACGAGGGCGCCAACGGCGAGGUGCGCUACUCGCUGCUGGGCGGCGCCGGCUCGGGCCCGCAGGCGCGCUUCGCGGUGGACGCCGCCAGCGGCCGCGUGCGCGCCCUCUCCUCCUUCCGCAGGGACGCCGGGCGCGUCUUCGGCUUCGACGUCAAGGCCACCGACCGCCGCGGCGCCGACGACGGCCGCUCCACCAUCGCCAACGUGCUCGUAUACGUCUUGGAAGAUGACAAGCAAGUAAUCAUGGUCGUCGCUACGAAGCCCACAAUGGUAGAGAAGAACGUUGAGAACAUCACCACGGCGCUGUACAACGCGACGGGGCUCGACGUGCGAGUGCGCAAGCUGGAGCCGCACAUGGGCCGGGACAGCGAGAUCGUCUCAGGGACCGAUUUGUACUUGUAUGCUGUCGACCCCCAUAUGAACGCCGUCAUUGAUAUGGACACAUUGCAAAACGUGCUGACGGCGCGCCAGGCGGACGUGCGGCGGCGGCUGGAGCGGUUCCGCGUGCUGCACGUGUCGGCGCCGCCCCCGGCGCCCGCCUCCCGCCCCCCGCCUCCCGCCGCCGCCGGCCGCUGGCUGUCGUCGCUGGAGGCCGUCGUGCUCGCCCUCGGGCUCAUCGUCUUCGUCGGCGCCUUCGCCACCGCCGUCUGCAUCGGCUGCGCCCGCCGCAAGAACAGGCUCAGGCGGCAGGAGGAGCUGGGCAAGGCUCUGACGUCGCCGUUCACGCUGUCGGCGGCACCGUCGGGGCCCGCGUACAACGGCGACACGACGGACACGUACGUGGACAUGCACUCGCGCCGCUCCGGCGAAAGCGGGGGCGGCGGGGGCGGGCCGCUGCGGCACCAGCACCACCGCCACCAGCACCACCGCCACCACCGGCACGGGCCGGGCUGCGCCAGGGCGCACCAGGGGCUGCAGGCCAGCCUCGCCUCGCUGCACUCCAGGGACUCCGGCGUGGGCGGCUCCCACAGGCCUGCGGGGGCGGGCGGCCGCUGCAUCUGCGGCCACUCCACCAGCCACUCCUCGGACAGCAGCGGGGGCAGCUACGAGGACUCGCUGAAGGGCGCGCAGCUGCGCCGCGGCCACGCGCCGUCGCGGCGCCAGCGCCAGCGGCACAGCUCCGCCUCGGCGGCCAGCUCCCUGGGCGCCGCCCCCGCCGUCCCCGCCGCCCCCGCGCCGCCCCCGCCCGGCCUGCCGCCGGCGUCGGGCCGCACGUCGCCUUGCGCCACGCUAGGCCGCCGGCCCAGCCACCGCGACGCGGGCUCCGUGCGCUAG